AGCUCAUUAUAUUUACAACGCACGUUAGCCAGCGAAGUGAAAAUGGCAGACCCAGAACGAUUUGACGGCGUGUUGUUGGCAAUGGCUCAGCAACACACUGGUGGAAUACUAGAGUUACUGGAUACUUUCUUCAGCUUCCUUGAGAGGAAGACCGACUUCUACACGGGAGCUGAGUCGACUAAAGCGGAAAAACUUGUCAUGACUAAGUUUCGUGAGCACCAGAGAAAGGCAAAGAAGAAACAAGAAGAUCAAGCAAAAGAGAAAUCAGAAAGGGAAGAGAGAAAGAGAAAAAAAGAGGAAAAGGAGCGUGAAGCUGAAGAGAGAAAAAGAGUUACAGCUGAAGCUGACAGUGGACCAAAAAUAGUUGAAUUAGAUGAUGAGGAAGCUGCUAAACUGAAACAAGAACUAGAGGAGAAGAAGAAGAAGAAAGAAUCUGAUGAGACAGAAAUGGCUGCCAGUGCUGACAGCUCUACUGUAGGCGACAGUGAGAGCGACAAGCAAGAUGAGAAGAAAGCAGAAGAUAAUGACUCAGAGGAUGAAGAUGAGAAGGAAGAGGACAAAGGGAAGCUGAAACCAAAUCGGCUUAAUGGUGGAGACUAUGAGAAUUAUCGUUGGGGACAGAUACUGAGUGAGCUUGAAGUUCGUGUUCCUUUUAAUGUGUCUUUUCCACUUAAAAGUAGAGACGUCAUCUGUGAUAUUCAGCAAAAGCGUCUAAAACUAGGACUGAAAGGGCACAAACCAAUUAUAGACGAAGAACUUCAUGCCAAAGUGAAACCGGAAGAAAGUUUCUGGACAAUAGAAGACAAAAAGCUCAUAGUAAUUCAUUUGGAAAAGGUGAACAAAAUGGAGUGGUGGAGUCGUGUAGUUGUGACCGACCCUGAGAUCAACACCAGGAAGGUGCAACCUGAGAACUCAAAGUUGGGUGAUUUGGAUGGUGAAACACGAGGAAUGGUAGAGAAGAUGAUGUUUGAUCAGAGACAGAAAGAGAUGGGCCUUCCGACAUCAGAAGAGCAGAAAAAGCAAGACAUUCUGAAGAAGUUUAUGGAGCAACAUCCUGAGAUGGACUUUUCCAAAGCAAAAAUAUCUUGAAUUUCCAUGACUGUUGUAUGUGUUAGAAUGAUGGCAGAUUUGGCAUUGUACUUUAGAAGUCGGAAAUGAUUGUGUUGAUCUGCUACAGUUUGUGGUAACCUGGUGUGUUUACUGAGUAGCUGAUAGUUGCAUAAACAGAUGGUUUACAUGCCAA